AUGCCUAACACUUUAUCAAACUCAUACCUUCAGUCUUCGGUUUGGAAACCAGACUUAUUCAAGGGCAAAGUGGCUUUUGUUACCGGAGGUGCCGGUACAAUUUGCAGAGUUCAAACAGAGGCUCUUGUUUUGUUAGGUGCAGAUGCCGUGAUUUUGGGAAGAAAUGUUCAAAAGACAGAAGAUGCAGCAAAAGAAAUUGCUCAAUUAAGACCUGGUGCUAAAGUCCUUGGUUUGGGUAAUAUUGAUGUACGUAAGAUUGACAGUCUUAAAGGCGCCGUUGACAAGACGGUAAAAGAAUUGGGAAGAAUUGAUUUUGUCAUUGCUGGUGCUGCUGGUAACUUUUUGUCUGAUUUCAACCACAUGUCGUCAAAUGCUUUCAAAACCGUUGUUGAUAUUGACCUUUUGGGAUCAUACAAUACUGUUAAAACUACGUUUGAACAGUUGAAAAAGAAUAAAGGUUCAGUUAUUUUUGUUAGUGCUACAUUACACUACACCGGACUUCCAUUCCAAGCACACGUCAGUGCUGCCAAGGCCGGUGUAGACGCUUUGAUGAAUGCCUUGGCCGUUGAAUUGGGACCUGUUGGUAUACGUCUCAACUGUAUUGCACCUGGAUUAAUUGGAAAUACCGAAGGUGGUGCAAGACUAAACCCACCAACAGAGACUCCAUUGGAGAACAGAAUCCCUCUUCAAAGGAUUGGUACUACUGCCGAUAUUGCUGAUUCUACUGUUUACUUAUUCUCAGAUGCUGCAUCUUAUGUUACCGGAACCGUUUCAGUAGUUGACGGUGGUUUAUGGCAAGUAGGUGGUUUCUUGGGAGAAUUAUAUCCGUCAGUUGUCAAGAUGCAAAAUGAAGACCCACAAGGGAAAUUGUAG